CAUCAUCAUCAUCAUCAUCGUCACCGGCAGCGGUUGCCCCAUCUCGUCCGAAGACCCGACGAGGACAGCUCGCUAGUCGGCGCCUGGCGAGACCAGGCUUGAGCGACCAGCGACACCUCGACGAGAACACUCCGCGGCAUCAAUCAUGAGUAAAUCGCGGAUCCACGUCGACAUCACCUCGCAGACGCGAGUGAAUGUCACCAAAAGCAGCGGAAGCCAGCCCAUGAUGCCACCACCCAUGAUGUACGGGCCCAGUACAAGCCAAACGAUGAUGCCCGAGACUAGCGGCACGCGCUACACUGCCAUUAUUAAAAGAGUGGUGUCUUCGGAAAAUGAGAGAGGACGUGGAGGCGUAGACAAGGCUACGUUGUCCAAGCUGGAGGCGGGCUUCAAGAAGCUCCAAAAUGCCAAGGACUGCAAGUCGCUUCUCAAGAAAUACCUCACCAAGGAGGUCUUCGACAAGCUCAAGCACCGCAAAACGGCCAUGGGCGCGACACUACUUGACGUAAUACAGUCCGGUGUGGAGAACCUCGACAGCGGCGUGGGCGUGUACGCACCAGACGCCGAGUCUUACCGCGUGUUCGCCGACCUGUUCGAUCCCGUCAUCCAGGACUACCACAAAUUCAGGCCCACCGACCGGCAUCCGCCCACAAAUUUUGGUGACCUGAGCACGCUCAGGGACGUCGACCCGACUAAUGACUUCGUCGUGUCCACUCGCAUUCGAUGCGCCCGUUCUCUCGAGGGCUAUCCGUUCAACCCUUGUCUGACCGAGUCUCAGUACAGGGAAAUGGAGAAGAAGGUGGUGUCGACACUCAGGUCCCUGGAGGGCGAGCUGAGCGGCACCUACUACCCUCUCACAGGCAUGGACAAGAAGGUUCAGCAGCAGCUCAUCGACGACCACUUUCUCUUCAAGGAGGGCGACCGCUUCCUGCAGGCGGCUAACUCGUGCCGCUUCUGGCCCACCGGUCGAGGCAUCUUCCACAACGACGCCAAGACCUUCCUGGUGUGGUGCAACGAGGAGGACCACCUGCGCAUCAUCUCCAUGCAGAAGGGCGGCAACAUCAGGGAUGUGUUCACUCGGCUUGUGAAGGCCGUCCGGGCCAUUGAGAAGAAGCUGCCCUUCUCCCGAGAUGACCGCUUCGGGUACCUGACCUUCUGCCCGACCAACCUGGGCACCACCAUCCGGGCUAGCGUACACAUCAAGAUACCCAAGCUGUCGUCCAACAUGUCCAAGCUCGAAGAAAUCGCGUCUAAAUACGAUCUGCAAGUCCGAGGCACCCGCGGAGAGCACACGGCGAGCGAAGGCGGCGUCUACGACGUCUCCAACAAGCGGCGGCUGGGCCUCACUGAGUACGACGCCGUCAGGACCAUGCAGGAAGGAAUCCUCGAGCUCAUCAAGCUCGAGAAGGAUGCCUAGACCCCCCCCACAUCCGUGCUGCGCUAAAUUUCGGGCGACGAAUGUGCGCGGAGCGCAUCAGGCUGAAAUUCCUCAUUUCCUAAAGCGAGCCAUCCGAGAAAAAAAAUGAGUUCACUGGACACUGCCGAAUCCUGCCCUUGAGUCAGUAAUGACAAAGGCAAAAAUUAAAUCUUCAUUCGAGGUUUAUCAA